AUCAUCUACUAACCUUUGUUUCAUAACUACAGUUACGACAGAGUGUAAAAAAUUAACCUAAUAAUUUAAUACAGGUCUAGAAUCUAUUCAUUAUUACAGCCUAGUGACACAAGAAAUUCAUUUAGAAUGAAUCGAUCAUGUGUAUUACUUAGUAAAACUAAAGGACUUUACAAUAAAAGUGCCAAACCUAUCAACGCAAUACUAGAAAAAAAUAAAGGCCAAAAUCGGCAAAAUGCAGUGGGCUGUUCCUACACCAACUUAGCAUCUGCAGCAGAAAGAAACUCACUAAUGCAACAGAUUCAUCAUUGUCAAACUAAAAGAAAACAUAAAGAUCUUGAACUUGUUAUUAGUUCAUAUGCAUUUCGCCUAUGUGUUCGAAAUCAUCAUUCAUGUUCCAAAGAACAUAGAAACUGUUGGAACUGUGGGCGGGAUACCAGCCCAGAGACUGAAUUAUUUUUCUGUGAUUGUGGCAUGGUGCAGAAACCAGCUAAUGAUCUUACAUAUUUUGACUUGAUGCAACUUCCAGCAGGAUUUGAUAUAGACCUCAAACUACUCUCAGAAGUAUACAAAGAAACUCAGAAAAAACUCCAUCCAGACAAAUUUUCAAACAAGUCUGAGGAAGAAUGCAAAUUUGCAGUGGAGCAGUCAUCUCUCCUAAACAAGGCUUACAACACUUUGCAAAAGCCACUUUCUAGGGCACUUUAUUUACUUGAGCUGAAGGGACUAACCAUUGAAGAAGACUUAAAUUUUGAUGAUCCUGAAUUUCUGAUGGAGAUUUUAAGUAUAAAUGAACAGAUAAGCAGUGCUGAAUGUUCGGAAGAUCUGAAUAAAUUGGAGGCUGGUACUAAUAAAACCAUUGAUGAGAUAUCUAAAAAACUGUCACAACUGUUUAAAGCAAAUAAUUAUGAAGGUGCAAAAUUUGCCACUAUUCGUUUAAGGUACUACACAACGAUCCAGGAGAGAAUUGCUGAGCUUAAAAGAAGUAAAUUAGGCUAAUUAUUUGGAUUUUUCCUUCACAGUCAUAUCCUCAGAAAAUGUGUUUCAAAUAAUAAUUUGCUUCAACUCAUAAUGUUCAUCCUUCGAUAGUGAUAUUUAACAGCCAUUUUUAGAUAUCCUUUUGUUCUUUCUUCUAGUUCUAUUCUCCUCAUUUUCAUAUUUUUUUGUGUCCAGUAAAUAGGCAUCAGUUGGACAAAAUUAAACAUUUUAAAAAGUAAGCUUAUUUCAGGGUUGCCCAUAAAUGAAGUUUCACUUAUUAUAUGUGUUGGUUGGAAAGGGGAGGGGUGUUUAAAGAAAUUUUUAAACUAAAUUUUUAUUGUUAUUUUUAAAAUAUAUAAAUACUUUUGUACAUUAUACACUGAUCCAUGCUGCUAAUAUUGAUAUGCUCAUAUUUAGGUAUUAUUUGCAAAGACAGGGGGUGGGGGGUUGACAGUUACCAUAAUGUUAAGAAUAAAAAUCAGCAAAAAUAAUUGACAUCAUUUAUGUACAACCCUGACAAUCAUACAACAAAUUUCAUAGUAGUUACUUUCACUUACAGAAUAAAGUGAUAAUUACUACGUAUAGAUUAGUACACAGCAUCUGAUACUUGAUAAGUUGUUUCUUGGUAAUAAAUCCCUGCUUUUGAUUUCCACUUAAGUGUGUUGACAGUCUGGAAUAAAAUCCUUAGUUGUUCUUUCAUUCACUUAAACCAAAGCUACUGGUAAUGAAAAUAUUCAAUUCUUCUGCUCUUAUGUUUUUUGGUCAAUCAUUUGUCAAUAAAAUUAUUUCAUUCUUUAAAAAGAUAAUCCAAUUUUACUGUUUUUACAAUGUCAUUAAAAGUAGUAAUUAAACAUGGCGUGUUAAGGUAUUUUUUUAAAGAAUGUAAUUAUUCUAGUCUGCAUUUGUUUAAAUAAAUACCAUGCAUCAAUAAGCAGUUGUGUGAUUUUUACUCCAAGUUUAAUUAAAUGCAUUACCUGUGUGAUGUAAAAAGCUUGCAAUUGAUUGUUUACAUUGAUUUUUUAACAAUACAUACUAAAUCACUUGUGCAGAUCAAAGAUAUAUUUAUUUAUCUAACAGUCAUAACCAUUUUAUGUAAUGGAGUUAAUAAACUUUUUAUUUGUAGUUUUU